AUGACUGCACUCCGUCUUCUUCUUCGUCUCGGUCCAGCAAAAGUGCUCUCUCUGUCCUCUGUAAGCAUUCAAUUACUUUUCAUAUUUGGAGCUGAAGAUGGACAAUGCAGAAACAGAUAUCCCUUCCAGCAUAGCCGUGUUUCCUUAUAUAUCUCUAGUACCUGUGAUCGUACAGUCGUCGCGCUUCAGUGCUCUCACUUGUUUCAUCUUGAUUGCAUCGGUUCUGCAUUCAAUGCAUCAGAUUCUAUGCGAUGUCCCAACUGUCGACAAGCUGAAAAUGGCAGAUGGUUCAGUUUUAAGGAUGAUAAUCCUGAAAGUGACACAGAUGAGGUCACUGACAAUGAGGAUUCCCAUCCUUCUAGUGAAAUGGAGCCAUUUCAUGAUCAUUUAUCUCCUACUGCUAGGCUGUUCCCGGAGCUGUAUUUGCUUAAUGAGCAAGUUAUGAAUGAGGAAUUAGUAAGAUUUAGCGGCAAUCCUCAUUUUAAUCCUUACUUGGUUGGUCCACUUUCUCCUGGUGAGAUUGCUGCUUCCCGUGUUCUCCAAGUUCUCCAUUACCAGGGGUCCAUUGCUCAUCAAUCUAUCAUUGACCCUCAGCAAAUUUCAGCUCAAGCAGUUCCUUGGUGGGGGUUCUAUUGGCCAAGAAUUGAUCCUGUCAGUAUGCUACAACAAGAGUCCAUUUCUCGUUGGGCUAUUCUUGAAUCCAUGUUUGGCGCUCAAACCUCUUUUCAGCCUUCAAUUAAUUUAGGUUCUUUUGGCAAUAUUGGUUUGCCAUCUGGAAAUUUUACGAGGGUGCAGCCACCUAGCAAUUUACCAUCACCAGCCGUGAGUGCUAUGGCAGCUGGAAGGAGUGUGAUGAAUGGUUUGCAGGGCCAUUUUUCAACAGGGAAUCCUGUGACCUUUUCUGAACAGACUCAGAGGCUCAACCAUAUGUCUACCUUCGCACCCCCACAGAGUGACCCUCAAUCACAUAACACCACACCUGUGGAUCCUUUCAUGGCGCAGCGCCAGCAAGCUGCUCAUAGUGAAUGGGCCAACGGCAGCUAUCCCAAAAGACUCGAAAAUUGUUGGAGAAGUAUUGACUGAAAUCUACCUUACAUAGGAUAGUCUACCUUAAAUAAGACAACGUGCAUGGUGGACCGCAUCUAUAUUAUUUUUCUGGGAAGUGCACGAUUUCAAAAACUAUAAUCAAUAGUUGCAGUUGCUGAACUGGUGUAUUAUUUUGAUGCCCAUAAUUUAUGAUGGGUUCUUUAAAAUUGUGAAAGCAUAAUUUCCUUGUGUUUAUCUAGUUAAUGUUAUGAAUUUAUUGAAUAA